AUGUGUAAAAACGAGAUUCGAGCGCGCUCGGACAACGACAGACAAUCAGCGUGGGUGCUCAAAGCGGCCAGAGUACUGUGUUCCCGCAGCCUGCACCUGAGGGCGUCGGCCCGCGCCGUGGUGCACAACGCGAGGAUGAUCGGACCACUAGCGGAGACCGACAAGUUUGUGCUGGACGACUUUGCGCUGCUUGAAAGGUUCACUAGUCAGACGUACGGAGACAAACUAAGCGAAGUCUUCGAUAAGAAGAAAUCGAAAACCAACGAAGUCACAGAUGAUGAUGAUGAUGAAGAAGACGACUUCAUCGACUUAACCCCAGACGCCCGUCUGAAGGUGAUAUCAGUAGUAGCGGGACGCGGGGCGCACUCACGCACGCCGCUGCCAGCCGGCCUGCGCACAGAACACUCAUUGGUGGACUUGCCCCCGCUGUAUCCUGAUGAAGCCGCUAUUGAGAUGGUAGCAGUGCUAGACCCUGCCUCAGCGGCGGCGCAGCGCCUCGCCCCGCUGCUGCUGGUGCUGCGCAAGGUGGUCAACUGCCGCGUCAAGCUGUUCCUCAACCCGCAGGACAAGAACUCCGAUAUGCCGCUUAAGAGUUUCUACCGCUACGUCCUUGAACCGGAGCUCCAGUUCACCCCGUCCGGGUCACAAACCGGCGGCGCAUUGGCCCGGUUCGCCCGGCUGCCGCACGCGCCGCUUCUAUCCAUGGAGCUCAGGACUCCGCCCAACUGGCUCGUGGAAUGUGUGAAGAGUGUGUACGAUCUGGAUAAUAUCAGGCUGGCUGAUGUGGAUACUGUUGUGCAUAGCGAAUUCGAGCUAGAAUACCUGCUCCUCGAAGGCCACGCAUGGGACACCACCCUAGGCACCCCUCCCCGCGGCCUCCAACUAGUGCUAGGAACCCGAGAGACGCCCGACCUCAUGGACACCAUCGUGAUGGCCAACCUGGGCUACUUCCAGCUGAAGGCCAACCCCGGAGCGUGGAUACUGAGGCUGCGGCCCGGCCGGAGUGAAGAGAUCUAUGAGAUUGUUGGACACGAGAACACCGACACGCCCGCGGGCAGCGCCGACAUCCAGGUCCUGAUGCACUCGUUCCGCAGCCACGUGAUCAAGCUGCGAGUGUCCAAGAAGCAAGACAAGCAACACCUGGACCUGCUGGCUGAUGGGGAUGAGAAGAACAGCGGCGGGAUCUGGAACUCGAUUGCCAGUUCAUUCAGCGGCGCUGAAGAGACGGACUCCGAAGACACUAUCAACGUGUUCUCCGUAGCGUCAGGUCAUCUCUACGAGCGCUUCCUGCGCAUCAUGAUGGUGUCCGUGCUCAAGCACACCAAGUCGCCCGUCAAGUUCUGGUUCUUGAAGAACUAUUUGAGCCCCAGUUUGAAGGAAAGUCUCCCAUACAUGGCUAAAGAGUACGGCUUCUCAUACGAACUGGUACAGUACCAGUGGCCGCGCUGGCUGCAGCGGCAGAAGGACCGCCAGCGCACCAUCUGGGGGUACAAGAUACUGUUCCUCGAUGUACUGUUCCCGCUGCAUGUGAAGAAGAUUAUAUUUGUGGACGCUGAUCAGAUUGUCCGAGCGGACCUGAAAGAGCUAGUGGACCUGGACCUGGGAGGAGCUCCCUACGGGUACACGCCUUUCUGCGACAGUCGGAAGGAAAUGGAAGGAUUCAGGUUCUGGAAGCAAGGCUACUGGCGCAACCACCUCCAGGGUCGCAGCUACCACAUCUCGGCCCUGUACGUGGUGGACCUGAGGAGGUUCCGGCGCGUGGCGGCGGGCGACCGCCUGCGCGGCCAGUACCAGGCGCUCAGCCAGGACCCCAACAGUCUGUCUAACCUGGAUCAAGACCUGCCGAACAACAUGAUCCACCAGGUGGCCAUCAAGUCCCUCCCGCAGGAGUGGCUCUGGUGCGAGACCUGGUGCGACGAGAAGUCCAAGACUUACGCCAAGACCAUCGACUUGUGCAACAACCCGCAGACAAAGGAGGCCAAGCUAUCAGCCGCCAUGCGCAUCGUCCCCGAGUGGACGCAGUACGACGAGGAGAUCAAGGCGCUGAUGGCGCGCGUCCGCCGCGGCCUGUUCCACGCGGGCGACGUGGACCAGGUCUGUACCUCUCUGUCCCCGAGUGGACCUCUCUCUGUCCCCGAGUGGACGCAGUACGACGAGGAGAUCAAGGCGCUGAUGGCGCGCGUCCGCCGCGGCCUGUUCCACGCGGGCGACGUGGACCAGGUCUGUACCUCUCUGUCCCCGAGUGGACCUCUCUCUGUCCCCGAGUGGACCUCUCUCUGUCCCCGAGUGGACCUCUCUCUGUCCCCGAGUGGACGCAGUACGACGAGGAGAUCAAGGCGCUGAUGGCGCGCGUCCGCCGCGGCCUGUUCCACGCGGGCGACGUGGACCAGGUCUGUACCUCUCUGUCCCCGAGUGGACCUCUCUCUGUCCCCGAGUGGACCUCUCUCUGUCCCCGAGUGGACCUCUCUCUGUCCCCGAGUGGACGCAGUACGACGAGGAGAUCAAGGCGCUGAUGGCGCGCGUCCGCCGCGGCCUGUUCCACGCGGGCGACGUGGACCAGGAAUCUGAGAUACAUCACGAGGAACAUGAUACAAGUCCCUCCCACGACACCCACACUGAGUUAUGAUGAACUAAAGUUAUGUAAAUUAAUUUAAACCAAGGUGAUAUUGUGUUUAUAAUACGUAUGUAUGAGUGUUGCAAGUGUGUACAGAGUACAGGAGGGUUAUUGUAGCUUACAAAAAAAUUUAUCGAAAGCUGUCGUGCAAUCGAUACGCUUAAUGUUAGAACAACAUAAGCGCGUGGUUAGCGCAGCAGCGCUCCGAAACUUCGAUUUUCGUAAGCUAAAGUGACCCCCCAGAGUUUGCAUUUUUAUAAUUUCCAGUGAUUUCAGAUGUUAGCCAUUAGAUCCGCGGCUCAAUUAUGUAAUCUAUAAUUGAUUGAGCAAAUUUUCUCUAUGACGAUUGUAUAGUUUCGAAAUUAGCAAAGGACCAAACUUUAUUUUUAUAAUUUCCCCCUUCCUUAUCAGCAUUUUUGUGACUGAUAAUGUUUAAGUAAAAGCGAUGUGAUUUUAGUGCAUAAGCAAACUUUAGUUUGUUGUUUAGUUAAUUUUCUGAAGGUUCUAUUAAUUGCAAGAACGUACGGUAUGAUUUGUAUCUACGUUGUUAGACAGUAAUCGGUUCAUGUUCAUGACACAAUCAUUUAAUUUUUUCUACCUCUUUGAGAUCGCUAAAACUUAGUCAUUCAAUUUUUUUGUAAGUAUUUAUCUCGAUUUGCCAUACUUUAAUUGAAUACCUUUUUUUCAUUAAAAUUCAAUAAUUUACCAGAAUUAAUUAAUUCAAAGAAAAUUAUAUAAAAUUUUCUACAUUGAAGAUCUCAUGUCACGAAGUUACAGGUCCUCAUUUGUUGAAUUGGUUGUUGAAUAUUUUUUUUUGAAAGUCAUACAGCACCUGUAUUUAAUAUGUAUCAUAUAAGUUAAGAAGGAACUUUGGGGAAGCACGAAUAAAAAACACAAUUCUAA